AUGAUCAAAGAAGAAAUCAAGCCCGGGUUCGGACGCGGAACUGGCGGAAGCUCCCGUCUGCAGCCGCUGAGGUCACAUGAUCACAUCCAUCCAUCCCUCUGUGUGGAAAAACAGCUGCCCCGGAGCCGUAUCUGUGCUCAAGGUGCAGCCCAUAACCACAGAUCUAUAAAGCUGCAGGCCGAGGAGAGGAGAGGGGGACACCGGAACACCCGGAGGAAACCUGACACAGACACCCAGGGACCAACAUGCAAACUCCGCUCAAACUCCUCCUUGUUCCAACCGGGAUUCGAACCCCGGACUAACCACUCAGCCACCCGUGAGCAUAUACGACUCCGCUCUGUGGUCCGCGAUUUUCAUUAG